AGCGUUGUUGUUUCUCCUUCCUCUGACUGCAGCUGACAAGGAUGGUGCGGGCCGCGGAGCUGCUGCUGCUGCUGCUCGGACUCUCCGGCUCCCUGCGGGCUCAGCUUCCUCCUCCUCCUACAGUUGUCAUCAACCUGGACCUAGAUCCGGAGCUGCGAUGGUUGCCUCUCAAAAAAGUAUUUGACGUGGACUACCUGAGCAAAGCCGCAGCUGAAAUCAUCGAAUCAACAGUUCCAAAAUGGGUGCAUCACGCAGCGAUCCUUCUUGUGGAAUCCCUGGAAAAAUACAUUCCUCAACCAUACGCUGGGGAAAUCCGUGGCUUAGCCGCUGUCCUGGGAGGGAACCUGUCUGAUGCCAUCAUUCUUAACUUUGCCUAUGAAUUUACCGCAUUUUGCACCAGCAUCUUGGCUCAAGAUAAAAAUGGGAACGUGUACCAUGGGAGGAAUCUUGACUAUCCCCGUGCCAUCCUGAGGAAUUUGACUCUGAAUUUAGUCUUCCAGAAGAAUGGAAAGGCAGCAUACUUUGGAACAUCAUUUGCUGGUUAUGUUGGCUUGUGGACAGGAAUGAGUCCCAACAAGUUCACUGUGUCUGGUGACAAGCGAGGGACUGACCAGUGGUGGAACUGGUGGAAGAAUGCUGUUUCUGCUUUCCUGUUUCACAGAUCGCCAGUCAGCUGGCUUGUGAGGGAGACCCUGGAGGAGGCCGAGAACUUUCAGGAAGCGGUCAUGCGUCUGUCGAAAACCCCCCUCAUCACUGGGGUGUAUUACAUUGUGGGUGGGGUGCGAGCAGGGGAAGGCGUCGUCAUAACCAGAGAUCGAAAGGGCCCCGCUGACAUCUGGCCCCUGGAUCCAUUAAAUGGAGGAUGGUACAGAGUGGAGACGAACUAUGACCACUGGCUUCCUCCUCCUGCAAAAGAUCAUCGAAGGGAAACAGCAAACAAGGGACUCAAUGCUACAGGCCAAGAUCACAUUAAUAUGAAUAAACUUUAUCAGAAUUACAAUUCAUACCACAGUCAUGAGUGCAGCAUCCCCUGGGAAUUACACUACGUUUAUCAGACCAAAGGGCUGCUCACAGGCCGACUGAGCUGGCUGUUAAGGACCCAAAGACUGCUGAUCGUUUCAACUUCAUGACUUGAUCACAUGGAGUUACACAGCAGUGAGAUCGAGGAAGUUUGGCUUCUUUUUUAGGAUGAAACUGCCUUUAAUGAAAGAACAUUUUUUAUUGUUGCCUUAUCCAGUUAGCCUGCAAAAUGUUAAUCUUUAAGUUCUAGUUGGUUGAAAGCUAGAUAAAAAUGCUUAAAUUUAACAUUUUGACCAUAAUUCCUCAUCUUUUUCUUUCACCUUCUGACUAACUCUGAUUUAACCUGCUGUAAUAAUCAUGUUUUUGGACUGUGGGAGAAAGCCGGAGUACCCAGAGAGUACACACACAUUCACGGGGAGAACAUGCAAACUCCAAUGCAGAAACACCCCAGGCCAGGAUUCAAUCCCAGGACCUUCUUGUUACAAAGCAUUGCUACCAAUUUAACUAUUUUUAUUAACUAUAUGAAUGUUAUAUAUAUCAUAUUUUGUGGGAAUUUUUUGGACAUGCUUAUAAUUUGUAUGCAUUAACAAUAAAGAUUUAAACCAUAA